AUGGCGUCCCUUCCACCUCCCCGCUCAGCACCCAGCAGCUCACCGGAGUCUAGCAGCACCUUCUCUGAUAUGGAGUCCCGAUCGCGGCCGGAUAUCAGCCAGGGAGCCAGUUGCGAUGAGCGAUCCGCCGAAAAUCAACUUGAAGAACGCGCUGAAACCGAUUCCUCCGAACGCCAGCUACCCUCCAUACGUGACUGUGAUGCUGAACCCAGGACACAAAUGGAAGAAAGCGUGGAACUUAUAAAUUCCGACAGUGAGUGGGAAUCAGAUGUCCAAAGUGAUGAACAGAUCACGACGUCUUCUCCUGCGGAGGUCGCGAUAACAAGCUAUGAGGAUGAGCUUCGGAAAUGCUGGAUAUGUUAUACCGAUGAAUCAGAGGAUUCGCCCCUCAAUACAGAAUGGCGGUCACCAUGCCCAUGUGCUUUAAACUGGCUUGCGGACAUGGAGAAUACGGAAGGCUAUAACCUCCAUAGAGACGGUGCAACGAUGCUUUGCCCUCAGUGCAAGUCAGAGAUUCACAUGUCGCGGCCAAGUAACCUGAUACUCGAUCUUGUGCGCAAGUUUGAUGGCGCCAUUGGCCGCUUGGUGUUACCUGGGAUAGCAUUUACACUUGUAGGGACAAUUUGGGCCGGAUGCUGUGCACAUGGAGUGUACUCUAUGCACCUUGUCUUCGGCAGAGAAACCGCACUACGCUUGCUUGAGGGAGCUUCACACGGGCCAUUGAACCCUCGAAUAAACCUAGGACUCCCGCUAAUACCAAUAUCACUAAUAUUUUCAAGAACUCGAUAUGCAGACAGCUUGCUUCCCGUGAUUCCUGUCCUAUUUUUUGCAGCACACCAUCCAUAUCAACAGGAAAUGGAUCUUCAGAUAUGGCCACCAAGCGCACCUAUGACAUUUGCAGCACUACCAUACGUUAAAAGCUUCUAUAACAUACUGUACAAGAGAUUCUUUGGCAAAUUAGAGAGGCAGUGGAUUUCGACAGUGCGAACAAGAUUAAAUGCAGAUGACGGGCAUCAAGGCGGGCAAGGACAUGGUCAGGAUGCCCACAACGAUCAAGCAGACGGCGAAAUAGUUAUGGAGAUAGAGCUGCAGAUGGGCCUAAAUGGAAAUGGACGGGCAGCAGUACCCGAUACGGAAGAGGGGGAGCACCGGAAUGGUGAACAGCCAGCCAACCAAGUCAUGGCAAGGCGUCAGGCCGACGUACUCCGCGAAACGACCAACCUUGCAGAUGUCAUCCUUGGUGCCCUGAUUUUCCCAGCCAUCUCCGCCGGUAUGGGCGGGUUGUUGAAAUUAACCCUUCCAAAAGCAUGGACAAAUCCCCCUCCGCUAUUUGAGAGAAGUCGGCCGUGGUUACUCCAAACUAGAUGGGGAAGAAGCGUCAUUGGUGGCUGUGUCUUCGUCCUUCUCAAGGAUGCUCUCUCCCUCUAUUGCCGAUAUAAGCGCGCACGCUUGCACUCUCAACGGGUUAUAUUAAAUUAUGACAAAAAGACAAAACAGACUGUCUUACCAUCGUAG